AUGCACUUUGCUGCGGAUACUCUGCUGCCGUCGGAUAUGCAAUUAGUAAGUUUCUACGAUACGAGGAUCCAAAUUGAAGGAAUGCUGGAAGUGAAAGUUGUUCACGAUGGAAAAUCUUUGUUACUUCCCCUGUACGAAUCAAACGUGAAGAAGCACCCGUUGCUGGGCCGUCAGUGGAUGAAGGCGAUGCGAGUUGACCUGAACAAGAUUGCAUAUACUGAUAUAAACAAAAUUGAUACUGUUACUAAUUCAAUGCCUGCCGCUGUUAAGACGCUAGUUGAGAAGUAUGCUACACUCUAUGACAAUUCAAUUGGGAAAAUAAAAGGAUUAUCUGCCAAGCUGUGCCUGAAGCCGAAUACAAAUCCUGUUUACAUAAAAUCCAGACCUGUUCCGUUUUCGUUGCGAGCAGUUGUCGAGAACGAGCUUGACAAAUUAGUCAACAAUGGUAUCCUUGUGAAAGUCAACCAUAGUGCAUGGGCUACACCCAUAGUUCCAGUGCCGAAGGCCAACAACAAAGUGCGACUUUGUGGGGAUUACAAGGUUACGGUAAACCCGAAUUUGGUGGUAGACGGUCACCCAUUACCGACGAUUGAGGAACUUUUUGCUAAUGUUGCUGGCGGUGAAAAGUUUACGAAGAUCGACUUGACUCAAGCGCUAGAGGUUGAGGAGGGUGAUAGGGAGGUAUUAACUCUCAAUACACACAAGGGUCUUUACCAGCCUACACGUUUGAUGUAUGGCAUUGCGUCUGCACCUGCUAUUUGGCAGAGACUAAUGGAGCAAGUGCUGAAUGGGAUUCCUGGUGUUACCGUAUUCCUAGACGACAUUCGGAUUACCGGUCCGAAUGAUCAAAUACAUCUGCAAAGGCUCGAAGAGGUUCUGAAGCGUCUUAGUUCGUACAACUUGCGUAUAAACCUGGAAAAAUGUCACUUGUUUGCGAACGAGAUUGAGUACUGCGGGUACCUGAUCAAUAAGACAGGUAUUCAUAAGGUUAAGAGGAAGAUUACAGCGAUCCAGAAUAUGCCAGUUCCAGAAAACAAAGAUCAAAUUCGUUCAUUUGUGGGGUUAGUGAACUACUACGGAAGGUUCUUUCCGAACCUCAGUUCGACUUUAUAUCCCCUUAAUAGUCUACUGAAGAACGAUGUGCGUUUUGUAUGGUCAAAACAAUGUGUAGAGGCGUUCAACAAAGUCAAGCAAGAGAUGCAGUCCAAUUCAUUUCUGGUACACUACGAUCCCACGCUGCCAUUGGUACUUGCUACCGAUGCUUUGCCAUACGGAGUCGGUGCGGUACUGAGUCACGUUUACCCGGAUGGCUCAGAAAGACCGAUCCAGUACGCAUCCCAAACACUCAACGCUACGCAACAAGCCUACAAGCAGGUAGAUCGGGAAGCAUACGGAAUUAUAUUUGGAGUUCGCCGGUUCUACCAGUAUCUGUUUGGAAGAAGAUUUACAUUGUUGACGGAUAACGAGCCGUUGAAGCAGAUUUUUCUACCGAAAAUGUCUGCUUUGAGGAUGCAACAUUAUGCAACAUUUUUGGCAUCAUUCAACUACAAGAUACAGUUCAGACCAACGAACCAACAUGGCAAUGCGGACGCUUUCUCGCGUUUGCCAUUGAAGGAGAAAACACCAGCGAACGUCAUUGAAGAGACGGAUUACAUGGAGGUCAACAUGAUCGAAACGCUGCCGCUAACCGUGAAUGAGCUCGCUAGGGCUACCGCUGCGGACAAGACUGUGAAGGUGCUGAUGCAAGGCCUACAGAAUGGAAAAAUUGUUGAUCUUAAAGAACGUUUCGGUGUGGAACAACAUGAGUUCACAAUUCAGAAAGGCUGUAUCAUGCGUGGAAUACGAGUUUACAUUCCUCCGAAUUUGCGUGUAAAAGUCUUAGCCGAAUUACAUUCUACACAUUUCGGUACUAGUCGAUUAAAAACACUGGCUCGCGGAUAUGUUUGGUGGGAAAGGAUUGAUUUGCAUAUCGAGAAGAUGGUGCGCAACUGCAGUUACUGUCAAUCGACAAGGGCCGAACCUGCCAAAGUUCCUACGCAUUGCUGGGAGUCACCGUCGAGGCCGUUUGACCGCAUACAUGUGGAUUUUGCAGGGCCGUUUAAGAACACGUACUUUAUCGUGCUUGUGGACGCCUACACGAAAUGGCCUGAGGUGCGCAUUCUUAAAAACAUCACCACUACAACCACAAUUCAGGUCUACAGAGAAUAUUUCGCAACGUACGGAAUCCCUUCGGUUAUGGUGAGUGAUCAUGGAGUGCAAUUUACUUCUGAAGAGUUCCAGAAAUUCUUGAAGAUGAACGGAGUUUAUCACAAAAUGGGGGCGCCAUAUCACCCAUCAACCAACGGGCAAGCCGAACGAUUUGUUCAGACGUUCAAGGCGAAGUUAAAGAGUCUGCAGUGCGACAGAAGUACGAUGCAUGCCGAAUUGUGCAACAUACUCCUUGUUUAUCGAAAGACCAUACACCCUGCCACUGGUAAAUCACCGUCCAUGAUGAAGCAAGCAGCAAACGGAGCAAGAGUUGCAGCGAGAGAUUACCUCGAUAAGGAAAAGUGGAAGUUUGGUGUGGUUUCAGAGAAACUGGGAAAACUGCAUUACUACAUUCGUCUCGACGACGGCAGGACAUGGAAGAGGCACAUUGAUCAGCUCAGAGAAGUUGGUCCAACUCUGCCGAACCGAAGAGAUAUACCAGUUGUUAUCAAGGAUGUACCUGCUGAAACUGUGCAAACAGAUGAUCUUGAUCCAGAAUUGACAGCAACGACCAGCGCGACGCAAAAAGUAGGAGCGACUACUACGAUGGGUCCGAAGGAAUCGCCAUCAGAAUCCGCUGGAGUAACAGAGAAACAAAUCGACAAAGUAACCUCCGGUUCAAGGACUGCCAACACAAGUCAUCCCAACCAGACAGACUAUCGACAAUCGCCAAGAAAAUCGGGUCGAGUAAUCCGACCGCCCAGUAGAUUGAACCUUUAA